CCAGAAAAUUUGACGUUUUGCGAAACCGAAAGGCAAUGAGGUAAAUCGGCAAAAAAAGUCUUGAAGCGAGCAUUGUGAAAUUUCUGCGAUUUUCGGCGUAGAUUCCGGUGCAUUGGACCGACGGACGGAAGUAAGCAGCUCUGGAUUGUAACGAACUGUAGUGCGUAAACUGAUUGGACGGCUUUUACAUGAUGUUUGGCAUAACCAGAAUCAGCCGGGGCAUCGGUUUGAGCAUAUUCAAGCGGAACUUUAGCGCACCGGUUGCGCCUUUUGCUUCUCAUGUGGCGCCCGACGGAGACGGGGGUGGCGCCAAGCCGUCGGACCUGCCGGAUCCGCAGCAGCCGGUGGCCGCCGGUCGUGCUAGAAAAAGUGCUGCUAAAUUGGCUGCGGAGGGUGGUGUGGCCAAAAAUCCCAUCGUGGCUGCCGCGUUUGCAUCGUUGUUGCAAGAGGAGAAAUCUCUGGAAGGUUCCAAGGGAUCGUCCGGGACUGUUAGUGAUAUCGAUGAACGUAUUAUUAAUGCUGGCACCGUAAACGAUCUGCUGGGAAUUCCGGGACAGUCCAAGAUUAACCGGAAGCAGGCAUUGAAGAUUGUUUCGAUUUUGGCCGAAUGGAGUUCGAUUCAGAAGGUGAAGCUUUCGGAAUUUGAGAAUGACACCCGCUUUGUCCAGCUGUGCAGUGUGCUGGGAAGGACAAACAAUCGCAACAACAACGGCAAAGGCACGGCGAGCGCUCGUACAACACCUUCUACGUCACUCCACGUGGAUGAUUUGCAGACUGUGCUCGGUGUGACAGCGAACGAUGAAGCCGCAAAGUUGAUCGCAGGACUGACGAUGCCGCAGAUGAUUAAGGUGAUGACCUCGCUGGCACAAAAGAAGAAACGGAGUACGCCUCUGCUUCGGUCACUGGCCUUCAAUAUAAGCAGCAAUGCGACCCGGUUAAACCUGAAAGAGUGUGGCGAUUUGCUGUACGCCAUGGCAAGCCUCAACUUUCGGGAUCCUGUCCUAACUGGUCGAGUAUGCGUUGACGCCGAAGCCGAGCUGGCUGGUAAUACAGACAAGCCGGCCCCGGUUGGGUCCAUUCUGACAAGUUUGAGCAUGCUCCGGUAUCGCGACACGGCCAUUCUGGACUCGCUCUCUGAGUGGAUGGUGUCCAACAGUGAAAUUUGCAAACCUUCCCACAUGAGCGCUCUGUUUCUUUCGUUGGCCACGCUCAACCACGAGCCGUCAAACAUGGACGCUGUCAAGACAAAGCUGGUAGCGAAUCUUUCGGAGAGUGACUUUAUCAAAUCUACCGACUGGUUGAACAUGGUCUGGUCAUUCACGGUGCUAAACUGUGCCUCCAGCAAACAUCUGGCGUCGGUGCUUAAGCCUAGCUUUGUCGGGUGCUUAGAGAACGAAAGAAACGGAGAGCUGACUCCGGCUAUAAAGAUGAAGCUGUUGAACCUCAAGGCUUAUGCUGGCAUAAUUCUGGGUGACGCUUCGGUUUGCAAAGAAAUCAACGAAAAUGAUCCAAAGCUUUUCGUGCCUACCGAAGCGUCCAAAGAAAAGCGAGUGCUUAUCGCCGGAAUGUUGGACGCCCUCAAGAGUCUACUGCCAUCGGAAAGUCACGUCAGCAUCAACAAGCGAACACUGAUGGGAUUUGCCGUUGAUGCUGAAUGUGUCCUGGACGCCAAGUGCUUACCGCUGCCCGUAAACAAGGAACAUCCAGGGGCGAAAAGGAUUGCCCUGCUGGUGCACGAUUACCACGACAUGUGCCAGGGACCGCACACGGCCCUCAACGGUGUUCAAAGCCUCGCCUGCCGACUGCUCCGAGCGGCCGGCUAUUCCGUACUAUCGGUGCCGUACCACGAGUUCAGCACCGCAGACAAGUUGCUGAAGCGAGUAGAGUAUUUGCAGAAGGCGUUCAAAGCUAUCGUUAGUGAGAAGCCGUAA